AUGCAGCCAUCGAGGGGUGAAGUCUUGCAAUUUAGGAGCAGGAAAGUUCGCUCUAAGGAUCCCUAUAGCAAUAUGGAAUCGGGUAAUUUCACGAGGCGCGGAAAAGGCCGACAGUAUGCUAGUCCACCGGUCAACCAGGAUCUAGUGUCCACAACAGAUACCGUCCAGGAUACCACCAGGCCUCCCCGACAGACCUCUAGCGUCUAUUGGAAGUCCCUAGGAUACGCACUCCAGAGUCGACAUAAUACGCACCAGAUUCUUCAAGAUAUUGAAGGUUGGGUUAUGCCAGGGACACUAACUGCCCUUAUGGGUCCCACUGGCGCUGGUAAGACCACUUUGUUAGACGUUUUAUCUCACCGAACGACAACUGGGGUCAUUACUGGGCAAUCAACCAUUUCGGAGUCCCAGUUCAACUGCCCUUGUUAUACGGAGCGAAUCAAGUCUGGUUUAAGCUGCCAACGACGCAUCGGGUAUGCUCAGCAACAAGACGUCCAUCUCCCAUCUACAACGGUCCGGGAAGCUCUUGAGUUUAGCGCUUUGCUCAGACAGCCCAGCAAGAUCUCAAAAAGAGAAAAGUUGGACUAUGUGGAGACAGUCUUGGAGAUGCUUAAUAUGCAAUCGUAUGCCGAUGCGAUAAUUGGUCAACCUGGGGAAGGUCUUAACACAGAACAGCGUAAACGAUUGACCAUUGCCGUCGAGAUGGUUGCUAAGCCGGAUCUUUUGCUGUUUCUUGAUGAACCGACAUCGGGACUUAACAGCCAGAUAGCAUGGUCUAUCUGCUCCUUGUUGCGCAAACUAGCGAGCAAUGGCCAAACCAUACUCUGCACGAUCCAUCAGCCCUCUUCUCAGCUUUUCAACAUAACAGUAUAUUUCGGCGAUAUUGGUGUUAAUGGUUCCAUUAUGACAAGGUAUUUUGAAGAAAAUGGGGCACCUAAGUGCCACCCUGACGAGAACCCAGCAGAAUGGAUGAUGAAUUUUACUACUGUUGACCUGACUGACGAGACAGCUAUUGAGCAAGACUCAAGAGGCGGGGAAUGGUCACAAAAAUGGCAGCGCGGAGAAUGCAGGAAGUUAUCUGCUCAGUCUUCUUCCCAUGCGGAAGGUGGCGAUGAAUAUGCGACCUCGUAUUGGUGCCAGGUCGGAUUCCUCACGAAGCGUAUUUUUCGGGACCAGUGCAGAGAUGGGACUUAUCUUUAUACGAAAGUCACUCUUUCAGUCGGCCUGGCUUUUAUCAAUGGCAUAUCCUUUCUAAACACCCAACUCAGUAUUCAGGGUGUUACUAGUAUUCUGUUCUCCUCUUUCCUCCUCCUGCAGAUGUUCACAAGUGUCGGUCAGCUUGUCAGCACUCGCCUUGCUGCUAACCGCGACCUUUUCGAAUCGCGCGAGCGGAAUUCGAAAAUGUACUCAUGGUAUGCUCUUCUUAUAGCUAAUAUACUAAUCGAAUCGUCAUGGAAAAUUUUGAUUUCGAUCCCCAUGUUUGUUGUGUUUGCCGCGAGCCUCUCGCAGCCUGGGACCGCUUUACAGUUAGCAACAUUGUUUUACUGGCUCUCUCUCCCGUUUUGCGGAGUCAUUAUCUCACCGAAUAGCCUACCUAAUUUCUGGAUUUUCUUGUAUCGCUCUUCUCCCCUUACAUACUUCGUACAAGGAAUAGCAGUGGCUGGACUCUCCGGUGCCUAUAUAACAUGCGCGCCGGUUGAGCUUAUCCAAAUCCCGUCCGAUGGCUACCUCGUGAACGCGGAUGCCACAGAUUAUUGCCAAUUUUGCCCAGUAUCCAAUGCUCACUCUGUCUUAGGACAACUCGGCAUUGAGACGAGGGAUCCAUGGCACAAUGCAUAUCUUCUAUCUUCCUACAUCGUCUUUAAUGUUCUGGCGAUAUUCCUUGUGUACCGUUGGUCUAGAGUAAGUAAGGGCAAGAGUCUCUAG